AUGGAUAUUUUCGACAAUCUUUUGAAUUUAGAGGAACAGUUUUAUGAAGAAGGUUGGGACGAAGGACAUAACGAAAACUUGAAAAAUAAUUACCUAGAGGGGAAACAAUUUGGACUACAAGUUGGAUUUCAAAGAUUCGUCCUACUGGGUCAAAUGAGUGGCUUUUGUGAUGUAUUAGAAUCGUUACCAUUCGGUAAUAAUGCGAACUUAUUGAAAAAUAUUGAAGUUAUUAGAACUUUGAUUGAAUCAGUAGGAAUGAAUAAUGAUGAAGAAAAUGUAGAGAAUUUAGAGAAAACUUUGAUGAAAUUGAAGAACAAAUUUAGAACCAUAUUGAUUUCGGUGAAUCGAUUAAUGAAAAAAAUGGAUCAAACGAAAUCAACACCCUCGCCAUCAAUUAACUUCGAUCAAUUUGAGGAUUUAUCAAGAGUCAUAGCUGGUGAAAUUAAAGGUUUCGUAGAAGAUGAAGACGUUACUGAAGCUAAGACUACUCAAGAUCAAGCACAAGCAUGGUAG